UAACGUUUAACCCAUUCCCCCGUCGGAUAUUCUUCCCUCCUUGGUUGCGAAAUUUCCCGCCACUUAUUCGGGAAACAUUUUGGAAGAAUUGUACAGACUGAGCUUAAAGGGCCAAAGGCGACGCAAACUCCGCUGCGUCCUACGUUGCGACGGGGCAUGUCGUCGUGGCAGAUUUCUUCUGAUGCCGGCAACAAUUUCCGGUGGGAACUUUCCGCUGAGCGUCUCGAAGUCAAAUCCUUAUGCGAACAAAAUGAUUCUCUUUCUCGGAGUAACAGCACCUCCGUCGCCCGUCUCCCAUCCAUGGCUGACCUCUUGCUUUGCUCUAGGUUCAUGCAAAAUCCCGAGGAUGCGGGUGCCGGCGCUCCGAUGUUCCGAACCGGAUUGGGAAAAUCGGUUUCUGUUAAACAGUCUUCAAUCGAUAAGGCUUUAUCUCUGCUUGCCGACGAUAACGCUCCAGAUAUAGGUCAAUUGCAUAGUGCAGGUAAUUUCACCAAUUCUCUCUUUCAAACAGGCUCUGGGAAAUCGGUCAACGUAUCUUCUGAAGGUCUUCUUAGAGCCAAGACAUUGUUGGGACUGGAAGAAGGUGAUACUUGUUCCAAUUUUCAAAGCUUCGGACAAGCUAUCAGUCCAUACGAUGUGGAAGGGGGAUUUUUGGGAUCAAAAGGUGUGUGUGGUAUGGAGAACAUGAGCGGUGCAUCAGUUUCCAUCUCUCCCUUGGUCUCUAAUACUUGCUUUUCAAGAAGUUCAUUAGAGAAUCAUGCUAGCCCGUCAUUUAGACAAAUUGAAUUGCCUAAUCAGGCUCCCAAGCCUCCUCCAAUAAAGUUUCAUACAGCCGGGGGAAGAUCCUUAUCUGUUUCAAGUGAUGCACUAGAACGUGCAAGAAGCCUCCUUGGUGACCCAGAGUUGGGAAGUUUCUUGGAUGAAGGGGACAUGAAUUGCUAUAAGAGGAAUACGGGAGAUGCAACACCGUCGAUUGGGAAACAUGUUUUUCACACUCCUUCCUUCAGCAAGGAAGAGUCAACUACUAAACACACAUCCAAAAGCUUUGUUUUCCCACUACAAUCAUCUUCAAGAGUUAUGCAAUCUUCAUUCAAGUCAAAAAGUAUAUUAGGUAGUAAUUUGAUGAAGAAAUUUGAUGCAGCUGAAGAAGAAAGUAUCAGUAGGUUUGACAACAGUAAAACCUGUUUGCCAGAAACUUUAGGCAGCCAGCCUAGAGAGCCGAGUACUAUAGUAGAGAAUGCUUCUGAAAAUAGAAUUAGAUCAGGGAUUCAUUUAGGUGAGCGGUCAUUUGGUGGGCCGCUAAAUGAUAUAUCAAAUAUUGUUGACUCAAGAAGUAGAAGUGAUAGAGCUAGUAAUAACGAGAAGAGGAAGCUUUGGGGUACAAGUUCUAUAUCUCCAUUCAAAAGGCCCCGGAAUUCCAAGUUCUCCACUCCCUUGAAUAAAAAUGCAUCACUUGUUACCACAAGUUUAUCUACUUCGUCGUCUAAUAACUUCAGUUGCAAAAGAAGGGUUUCCACUUGGUAUCCACAUCAAACUUCAAGGGUGUAUAUCAAGGAGUAUUUUGGAAAACCUCCAUCAAACUAUGACAAGUUGGAUUACUUGUCAGAUGAAGUCAGAAAGAUCAAAGCAGAAAAUGCAGAGAAAUAUAAAGUUCCUGACAACUCUGGCACACAUUGUAUUGGAGUAGAAGCUUUUCGUCAUAUGUUAGCUGACUCUGGAGCUUCUCUGCAACAUGCUUCUGAAUUGUGGGUCACAAAUCACUACAAGUGGAUUGUUUGGAAACUGGCCUGUUAUGAGAGGCAAAGCCCCGUCAAAUCAAAUAGAAAAUUUUUGGCAGUUUCCAAUGUUCUCGAGGAAUUAAAAUAUAGGUAUGAAAGAGAAGUCAAUCAAGGCCACCGUUCUGCAAUAAAGAGAAUAUUAGAAGGAGAUGCACCACCAUCAAUGUUGUUAGUUUUAUGUAUUUCAGCUAUUCACUCAAAUUGCAAAUCAAGGGCCCAAGUUUAUUCAUCCAUGAUCAACGAGCUUGAACAUGGUGAAGGGGCAAAAGUUGAACUGACUGAUGGAUGGUAUUCCAUUGAUGCUCUUUUGGAUGGGCCGCUGUCAAAGCAACUUCUUAUGGGAAAACUGUUUGUGGGACAGAAACUCCGGAUAUGGGGAGCAAGAUUGUGUGGUUGGAUCGGGCCUGUUUCACCUCUUGAGAUGUCAGAGACUGUUUAUUUGACGUUGCAUAUAAAUGGAACUUAUAGAGCUCAUUGGGCGGAUAGACUGGGAUUCUGCAAAAAUGCCGGUGUCCCAUUAUCCUUUAAGUGCAUCAAGAGCAGUGGGGGUCCAGUUCCUUGGACCUUGGUUGGAGUCUCACGGAAAUACCCUGUUCUUUAUAAGGAGAGGUUAGGUGAUGGGGCAUCCAUAGUAAGAACUGAGAGGAUGGAGAUGAAGAUCGGGCAAUUAUAUGACCAGAGGCGCACAGCUAUCGUAGAUGGUAUUGUUUCUGAAUUCCAGAGAGGGACAAAGAGUAGUAUCUACAAUGAGAGCGAUAGUGAAGAAGGGGCAAAGCUCUUUAAGAUCCUCGAGACAGCAGCCGAACCUGAACUUUUGAUGGCAGAGAUGAGUCCUGAACAGUUGACUUCUUUUGCGAGCUACCAAGCUAAAAUAGAGGCAAUCAGGCAAUCAGACAUGGAAAAAUCAAUCGAGAAAGCAUUGGCAGAUGCUGGGUUAAGUGGGAGAGAUGUCACUCCAUUUAUGAGAGUGAGAGUGGUUGGACUUACAAGCAAAAGCAACCAAAGAAAAACCCAUAGGAAGGAGGGCUUGAUUACAAUCUGGAAUCCAUCAGAGAAGCAGCAACUCGAGCUGGUCGAGGGCCAGGCAUAUGCUGUUGGAGGACUUGUGCCAAUAAAUUGCGAUGCGGACAUUCUUUACUUGCAAACAAAAGGAUCAACCACCAAAUGGCAGUCUUUAUCUCCCCAGUCCAUGAAAUGCUUUGAGCCCUUUUAUAACCCCCGGAAAUCCGUUUUGUUAUCAAAUUUGGGGGAAGUUCCUCUAUCCAGUGAAUUUGAUCUGGUAGCAAUUGUUGUACAUGUGGGAGAAGUUUUUACUACUGCUCAACAGAAGAAACAGUGGAUAUUUGUGGCAGAUGGUUCUCUAUCUGAGUCACAUUCAGAAGGCAUAUCUAAUUCACUGCUUGCUAUUAGUUUCUGCUCACCGUAUGCGGAUGAUGAGUCAUUUGUGCCAAUGAACUGCAACCUCAUCGGUUCCACUGCAGGUUUCUGCAAUCUUAUAAAGAGACCAAAGGACCAAAUAAAUCAUCUCUGGGUAGCAGAAGCAACGGAAAAUACGUCAUACUUUUUGAAUUUUGAUUCUACGGAUUGUUCUCACAUGAAAAAUGCUGGAGUUUCUGCUAAAAGAUGGGCAGAGAAUUCUAACUCAAUUAUUAAGAAUCUCAGGAGGAAGAUUUUAUUUAUGAUUGAUGAUCGUAAAGGCUAGAUGGAGAAAGGAGCUGAUCAGACCUGAUUUAAUAUCCUUGCCAAAAAGGAAGAGAAAGAAAAGGUCUUUAUCACGGGAAUGGGAUGAAAAGGCGCAUGGAGUUCUUCAUGAAUUGCAAAUUCUUUUCAUGUGGCUUUAGCUAUAAAUCCUGCUGUCUUAUUAACAAGAUUUGGCAAUUGAGCAUGUGCAUUGAAUACAGAUAGAGCAGGUCGUUUUGCCCUGUGGGCUAAAGUGGGAAAGGACUGGCGUCUGUGGCAUGUAAGUAAAACUUUUUGUGGCUCAUCCUUCAGUUCCAUCUUUUGUUCUUUGAUUUAGCUGCCAAAAAUUUUCCAUACAUGGAAAGGGACUGACGUCUUGGGUUGGUUCUAUUAGAUGUAUAUCAAUUAUGUACACAUUUUUCUUGUGUAAAAAGAAAGAUAGCUGGAAAUAUGUCUGGUACAACUUAACAUUAUUUUUAAUUUAGCCUUUAAAAUCUUAAAGGCUUUAGUGGAACA